AUGGGAGAGAAUGGAAGUGUUAAUGCAGCAGGAAUGCACACAGCUAUGAACGCUGUGCAAGCACUUGGGAGAGGGUUUGAUGUGAACUAUGAUACAAGGUUGUUGUAUUGUAAAGGAGUUGCUGGGUCUAAAGUGGUGGAGAUUGAUCAGGAACAUAGUAGAGAUCUUUUGUUGUACGGUGGGAUUGUAUUGCCUAAUGUUUCCAGGGACAUCAAGAACUCUUUGGACCCAAUUGGACGCCAGAGUUCAGGUGUUUGCACUUUUCACGAGAUGGUGGAGUACUUUAAUCAAAAGGCUAAUCUAUCAGGAGGUCUUCCUCUAGGUAGCUUCAAUUCUGCGUUUAGUUUUACUGGGUCAAAGCAUAUCGAUGCUGCAUCUACAAAGACCCUCUCGACGGAUGGAUAUUAUAUCCCUCUAGCCAAGGUCCAGCUUAUGAGAUCCCCCUUAGUGUUGCAUGACAAUGUUAAACGGGCUGUGCCAGCCUGUUGGGAUCCUCCAUCCUUGGCGAGCUUCAUUGAAAAUUUUGGGACGCAUGUCAUAACUUCUGUAACUAUUGGUGGUAAGGAUAUGAUAUAUGUUAAACAACACCACUCAUCGCCUUUGUCAACCCUGGAGAUUAAACACUACGUACAGGAUAUUGGAAACCAGAGGUUCUCUGACACAGAGAGUCAUACAAGUUCGGGUCCAAUGAAACUCAAGGAUAAGGUUGGUGAUUCAGGCAUAUUUAACAGCCAAGGGAUAUACCCUCAGCCAACUAGUGCACCAUAUCUUACUGGAAAAGAAGAUGUUACAGUCAUUUUCCGCAGGAGGGGAGGAGAUGAUUUGGAGCAAAAUCAUAUCCGAUGGGCGAGAACUGUACAGUCAUCUCCAGAUGUCAUUGAGAUGGAAUUUGUUCCUAUCACAGAUCUCCUUGUUGGGGCACCUGGAAAGGAGCAUCUGAGUCGUGCAAUUGCUCUAUAUCUUGAAUAUAAACCUCAGAUAGAAGAGCUGAGAUAUUUUCUGGAGUUCCAGAUUCCUCGAAUUUGGGCACCUGUACAGGAAAACAUUCCAGGCCGCCAAAGAAAGGAACCUGUUUGCCCAUCUUUACAGUUCAGCAUGAUGGGGCAAAAGCUUUAUGUCAGUCAGGAGCAGAUAUCAGUAGGGCGCAAGCCUGUCACAGGUUUGCGAUUAUGUCUGGAAGGAGCCAAGCAAAAUCGCCUGCGUAUCAAUCUUCAACACUUAGCAUCUCUUCCAAAAAUCCUUCUGCCAUACUGGGACACUCAUGUUGCAAUUGGUGCUCCCAAGUGGCAGGGACCUGAGGAGCAGGAUAGCCGAUGGUUUGAACCAGUGAAAUGGAAGAAUUUCUCUCAUGUGAGCACUGCUCCAGUUGAGAAUCCCGAAACCUUUAUUGGUGACCAAUCUGGUGCCUUCAUUGUCACUGGGGCUCAACUUGGAGUGUGGGAUUUUGGUUCAAGAAAUGUCUUACACAUGAAACUUUUGUAUUCUAGGCUACCGUGCUGCACAAUACGAAGAUCCUUGUGGGACCACAUGCCAAAUGACAAGUCAAAGAAAGUCCCUGCUGUAAAUAAUACUAACUCUGGUGACUCAAGUUCAGCCGCAAGAGGAAAUGUGGUUGGGAACAAGUUGGCAAAGUUUGUUGAUAUGUCCGAGAUGAGCAAAGGGCCGCAAGAUCCCCCAGGACAUUGGCUAGUUACAGGUGGAAAGCUUGGUGUAGAGAAAGGCAGAAUAGUUUUGAGGGUGAAAUACUCCUUACUGAAUUUUUGA